AUGCCGGCCUUCUCGGAUGACACGCCGGACGCCAUCAACAUCAAGGAAGUCCAGGAAGCGACUGCGCGAGACCCGCAGAGCCAAAAGCUGAUCAAGUGCAUCCAGCAGGGCUACAUCACUAGGGACCCAGACCUCGACCCGUUCCGCCAAAUCUUCCGAGAGUUUAGCUUCAAUCGAGGAGUUCUCCUACGCGAAGACAGGCUCUACAUCCCCGCCUCUGAGCCUGAACCUGGGGCUGGGAGCCUCCGACAGCGGGUGGUUGAGCUCGCGCACGAGGGCCACCAGGGGGUUGGCCGGUGCAAAAGGCUGCUGCGAGCGCAAGUCUGGUUCCCUCACCUGGACGCGCUCGUCGACGAGAAGAUCUCCAAGUGUCUGGCUUGUCAAGCCUCGACGUUCACUCCAACCAGAGACCCGCUAAAACCGACCCCCUUGCCAGAACGCCCAUGGCAAAGGGUGGCAGCAGACUUCUGGGGUCCUCUGUCGAGUGGAGAGCACCUCCUGGUCGUCAUCGACGAGUACAGCCGCUAUCCUGAAGUAGAGAUCACUUCUAGUACUAGCGGGCUGGCGACCAUCCCCGUCCUCGACAAGAUAUUCGCAACCCACGGCAUCCCGGAAUCAGUGAAAACAGACGGUGGCCCCCCAUUCAACGGACACGACUUCGCCAUGUACGCGCGCUGGGCUGGCUUCACGCACCGCAGGGUCAGCCCCGAAGACCCAGAGGCAAAUGGCCUUGCAGAGGCCUUUAUGAAAACCAUAAAGAAAACAUGGCAUACGUCCCGCAUCGAAGGGAAAAAUCCCAAACAGGAGUUGUACAAACUCCUACGACAGUACCGCGCAACACCGCACCCCAGCACUGGGAAACCCCCCGCGGAACUGCUCUUCAACCGGCCGUUUCGCACCCGGCUGCUGACAGCUGAGAGGCCAACACCUGGAACACCGUCUCAUGACGUGCAGAAACACGACGCACGGGCGAAGGAUGUACAGAAGGCCUACAAGGACACCCCAAGAACGUGCGACCUCACAACAUUCAAACAGGCGAUACGGUUCUUCUGCAGCGCCGGUCUACCAAGACGGCUUCACGCUACGACCCAGAGCCCUACAAGGUCGUCCAGAUGA